CACUGCUGCUCUACUAUCACUUUUGGGAAUUGCUGUAAUGUCUCGACUGAUUGUCAAGAACUUGCCCAAGCACUUGUCGGAAGAGCGUCUGCGGGAGCACUUUGCCUCCCAGGGAGAAGUCACCGACACAAAACUUAUGAAGACAUCUGACGGUACAUCUCGCCGAUUCGCCUUCAUCGGUUUUCGAACCGAGAAAGAUGCUUCUCGAGCCAAGAGGUAUUUUAAUGAUACUUACAUCGACACAUCUAAAAUCAUCGUCGAGAAGUCUAAACCUAUUGGCGACAAAUCACUACCACGACCAUGGAGCUCCCAUUCCCUUGGCUCUUCUGCCAAUGUUCAAAAGAGCGUCCAAACACAGAAGAAGCAGGAGCCUGUCAAGCCUGCUGAAAAGGAUACGAAGAAAGAUGCACAUAAGGAAGAGAUGGAAAAGAAAAAGCAACAUUUCACUAAGCUGUACGAAGAUAUGGAGAAUCCAAAGUUGAAAGAGUAUCUAGGUGUGAUGGCUUCCAGAACGAAGGGUCGAACCUGGGCAAACGACGAUAUGGACGCUGACAAAGAAGACACGCUUCCUAACGGUAAACCCAAGAAGAAAGCGGCUCCCAAAGUUGCAACAGUUGCUGUCGCCAACAGAAAAACUGGAGGUGUUGGUCAAGUUCUGACAAAGACUCACGUCACCUUCGAUGACUCGGAUGAUGAGCUUUACGACAGCAUGCCAACUGAAGAUGCAAAAGACGAAAACGAAGAAGAGGUUAAAGAAGAAGACAAAUCAGCUAUCAAUGGCAUGUCUGAUCUGGACUAUAUGCGUUCGAAAAUGACUCUUAAGGAUGCCGGAAACGAAGAUAUUGAAGUCGAUGAAGAUGAGGACAUUGAAAAGAUGGAAAAAGAUGAAGAAGAGAAUGGAUCUGAUAAUGAAGGAGGAGACUACAUCGAUGACGACUCGGACAAGGAAGACAUGAAGGUUGACGAUGUCGAACCAGCAUCAGAGGAAGCACCUUCUGCAGGUCCCUCUUCAGCACCUGUGGAGCUUCCCAUUCAGCCAGAGUCAUCUCCUAUUGAGCUUAUUUCUGACACCGGCAGAUUGUUUGUUCGUAACUUGCCAUACACUUGUACGGAAGAAGACUUAAAGAGAGCUUUUGCGAAAUUCGGACCGCUUUCAGAAGUUCAUAUGCCCAUUACCAAAGAUACCAAAAAACCCAAGGGCUUUGCCUACAUUCUUUACUUGCUUCCUGAACACGCUAUCAAGGCUUAUCAAGCUCUAGAUCAGCAAUUCUUCCAAGGCCGUUUGCUUCAUAUUUUACCUGCCAAGGAGAAACCCCAGGCUAAGGAAGAAUUGGAUGCUGGACCUAAUGGAUCCAAGAUGAGCACACUCAAGAAGCAGAAAGAAACGCAGAGAAAGGCACAGGCUGGAAGUGAUUUUAACUGGAACUCACUAUUCAUGAGCGGUGAUGCAGUUGCUGCAUCCAUUGCUGACCGUCUCGGUGUCUCCAAGGCGGAUGUUCUCAAUCCUGAAGCUGACAAUCAGGCAGUAAGGCUGGCACUUGCCGAAACUCAAAUUAUAACCGAAACCAAAGAGUUCUUCGCAAAGCAUGGUAUAGUCUUGGACGCCUUCUCAAAGAAGGAAAGAAGUGAUACUGUCAUUUUGGUCAAAAAUAUUCCCUAUGGUACCAGCGAAGAUGAGCUGCGAAGUCUUUUCGGCAAACAUGGCGACCUUGGUCGGGUAUUGUUGCCUCCAGCCAAAACCAUUGCCAUUGUGGAGUUUUUAGAACCAAGUGAAGCCAGAUCCGCUUUUGCCGCCUUGGCCUAUCGACGUUUCAAGGACACUCUUAUCUACUUGGAGAAAGCACCCCAAGGAGUAUUCAAUGCCAAAUAUGAUCCUGAGGCCAUCGCCAAGGCUGCUGCAGCGGAGGAACCCAAAGAAGGAAAGAAGGUCGUUUCUGGAAGCGACCUUGUUGGAGUUGACAAUGAUACUGUCGAUCUCGACACAGUGGAAGGCUCUACUCUCUUUGUUAAAAAUCUCAGUUUCACAACCACCGCUGAAGGGCUUCAAAAAGCCUUCUCUAGUAUUCAGGGAUAUCGAGCUUCUAGAAUCAAUGUCAAGGAUGACCCUAAGCAUCCUGGCAAGAAACUCAGCAUGGGAUUUGGAUUUGUCGAAUAUGAUACCAAGCAGAAUGCUGAUAAGGCCAUGAAGGCAAUGCAGGGAUACAAUUUGGAUGGGCACUCCUUGCAGAUCAAGUUCUCACAUAGGAAGUCAAAUACGAACGAGACGGGCAAGCCUGGCACUGGUAAAUCAGUUGUACAAGGAACUAAACUCAUCGUUCGCAACGUUCCAUUCGAAGCCACUAAGAAGGAUCUUCGAGAACUAUUUGGUUCAUUCGGUCAACUCAAGUCCCUGCGUAUACCGAAGAAGUUUAAUGGCGGACAUCGUGGUUUUGCCUUCUUGGAAUUAAUGACCAAGCAAGAAGCUAAGAAUGUAUAUGACAAUAUGAGCAGCAUCCAUUUGUACGGAAGACAUUUGGUGCUCGAAUGGGCCGCAGAGGAGGAAGGCGUUGAAGCGUUGCGAGAGAAGACUGGUAAAAAGUUCUCACGGGAAGAGCAAGGACCAGGUGGUCGCGGUGGCAAGCGACAGCGUGUUGACUUGGACCAUGAGGACAAUGCGUUCGCAGCUUCUGAAAUGCAGAUAGAUGACAUGUCAGAUUAAAAAAAAUCACAUAGUGUAAAUACCUUUUCAUAGCUCUUUUUAUAAUUCAUUCCAAUAGAAAUAAUCCAUUUGCAUCAACCACUGAAAAUUUUGGUAGAC